CACUAUUCUUAUUUCCUGAACUGUCCCGCCAGAAUGGCCGACAUUGAGUAUUUGAAGAGUCUUCAGGCGGUCCGAGAAAGGGCCCAGCUUGUCCUGCAAGCUGCGUGCAAGGACGAACUCAGUCAUUUUCACUACAAUGCUGCGAAAAUGUCGACCGUGGCAGAAUUCGUCACUGGCAUCAUUACCCGGGAUUUUGGCCCGGACAAGUUCGACAGAAUCCCCCCACACGGCCGAUGGCAACACUUUGAUAUUGGAAACAUUCCCAGGGUUGGCCGUCUCGUUGAUCAAUGGCAGGAUACGGGAUGCGAUAAGCUUGAAGUCACACGCCGCCUGGUUGACCUCUUCUUUGUCUCUGUUCUACUGGACGCUGGCGCUGGGGAUGUGUGGAAGUUCACUGAGCCCGGUACUGGUAAAGCAUACGGAAGAAGUGAAGGGAUAGCGGUCGCAUCCAUGUAUAUGAUGAAAGCUGGUGCAUUUACUAGCCACACAGACAACCUGCUCCGAGUUGAUGGACAUGGUCUGGAUGCUUUGACAACCGACAUAUUCAGGAAACAUUUUCAGAUCAGCGCAGAGAAUCCAAUUCUUAGUGACAAAUCUAGGGUCAGCCUGUUAAACAGCGUCGGCUCGUCUCUACUGGCGCUGCCAAAAUUCUUUGGUCCCGACGGCCGGCCGGGGCAGCUCGUUGACUACUUGCUUCGAACCCGAAACGGAUCGGACCCAUUGGACUUUGACGUUUUGUGGUCCGUCCUGCAGGAACUCCUCCUACCCGCCUGGCCCAAAGACCGGACUCAAGUAGCAGGAGUUCCGGUGGGAGAUGCCUGGCCGCUCCAGGUUCUUGAGAGGGUUAAUACCCAUCAGCCGGGUCGAAGUGAAGCGUUACGGAUACAGCCGUUUCAUAAGCUGACCCAAUGGCUGGCAUAUUCUAUCACAGUGCCAUUCCUACGGGUUCUAAGCCUGGAGUGGAAGAAUGUGGAACGGGCGACCGGGCUGCCAGAAUACCGCAAUGGCGGCUUAUUUAUUGACCUGGGGGUUCUCAAACUAAAGGACCAGACACUGAAACACGGUCUAGAGUCCUCGAAUCAACAAAUCCCGAGCUUUCCAGCCAGCAGUGAUGUCAUCGUGGAAUGGCGCGCAAUGACAGUCGCUUUACUCGACGAGCUACACAAGCUAGUUAGUGAGCGCCUCGGACGUCAGGGUAUUAAACUGAGCCUGCCUCAGAUGCUGGAAGCUGGGACCUGGAAAGGAGGCCGGGAGCUGGCAGCGCAGUUGCGGCCCCAUAGCAAGUCCAGUCCUAUUCUAAUUCAGGGGGACGGGACCCUGUUCUAAACACCCAUCUGAGUCGUCUAUGUAUCAUUCAACGUAUUAUAUACAUGGUUCACAGGAAGACCUAGCGGAGGAUCAAUUGAACUCAAGUCAAA